CGGAGGACCGUGGGCCGAGGACCCGGCGGCAGCGCGCUCCGAGUGGCGCGCGCGCGCCCCCUCCCCGCGCCCUCGCUGCCCGGCGGGCGGCCCCGCGGUCCUCGGGUGUGCGGCGUUCAGGGACAGAAGGACUGCGUCCCGGUGCGGCGGCCUGAGGAACUAGAGGGCGGGCGGCCGGGGGACGCUGUGAAGCGGCGAGGACGGCGGGGAGAAGAGCCGGCAAGCUUGUGGGCGGCGCCGGUCCCGGCGGGGGCGCGGUCAGGGCCGAGGCGGCCACGUCCCGACGCCCGGGGGUGGAGAGGCUGCCUGGGACCUCGGCGGUGCAGACAUGUCGGAGGUGAAGAGCCGGAAGAAGUCGGGACCCAAGGGAGCCCCCUCGGAGCCGGGGACGCGGAGCGAGGGCGGGAAGAGCCCCGAGGCCCGGGGCGGCGGCGGGGGCUGGGCGGAUCCGCGGACCGGCGUGAGCCUGCUGUCGCUGGGGACCUGCCUGGGCCUGGCCUGGUUUGUAUUUCAGCAGUCAGAGAAGUUUACAAAGGUGGAAAGCCAAUACCAAUUACUGAAAAUAGAAACCAACAAGUUCCAAGGACUUCAAAGUAAAAUCAGUUUCAUUUCAGAAAAGCUUGAGUCUACCGAAAAUAUCCUGCAGGAAGCUACAUCAUCCAUGUCUUUGGUGACCCAGUUUGAGCAGGAAGUAUCCAGCCUCCAAAGUAUCAUGCAUGACAUCCAAAAUAGUGAAGAGUUGCUCACCCAAAAGAUGCAAAGCCUUAAUGAGAAAUUCCAGAAUGUUUCAGAUUUCUGGAAAAGAAGCCUAGAAGAAAUGAAUGUUAAUACAGACCUUUUCAAAUCAGAAUCAAAACACAUACAUUCUCAAGUUACUGUCCAGAUUAACUCAGCUGAACAAGAAAUAAAACUGCUCACUGAAAGGCUAAAAGAUCUGGAAGACAGCACACUAAGAAAUAUUAGAACAGUAAAAAGACAAGAAGAAGAGGAUCUUCUACGAGUAGAGGAGCAGCUUGGCUCUGGUACAAAAGCAAUUGAAAAGCUAGAAGAGGAACAGCACGCUCUCUUUGCCAGAGAUGAAGACCUGACUAAUAAACUUUCCAACUAUGAACCCAAAGUUGAAGAAUGCAAGACACAUUUGCCAACAAUUGAAAGUGCUAUUCGCUCUGUUCUCAGAGUCUCUCAGGAUCUGAUAGGGACAGAAAAAAAGAUGGAAGACUUAACUACUCAGAUGUUCAAUAUGGAAGACGAUAUGCUGAAAGCAGUAUCUGAAAUAAUGGAGAUGCAGAAAACCCUUGAAGGAAUUCAGUAUGAUAAUAGCAUAUUAAAGAUGCAAAAUGAACUGGAUGUUCUAAAAGGGAAGCUUCAUGAUUUUAUGGUAUAUUCAAGUACAAGAGAAAAGGGAACUUUAGAGGAAUAUGAUGUAGAAAAUAAAGGAAUUCAUAAUGACUUUUAAUGCACUACAUUUAUUCUGAUCACCAUAUUGUUACACAUAAAUUUAUUAGUUCCAUGCUUUUGUGUUACUUUGACAUGCCUUAUUUUAUCCUACAUUACUGGCAAAUACGUGACAUAUCCACACACAUGGAUUAUCCAGAGAAUCAAAGCUUAUCUAAGCAAUAAAAUUUUCAUUUUAGCCAUUUUAAAUAGAAAUAUUUCCAAAAUAUAUCUCCACCUCCUUAAAGCAAUAUUCUUAAUUUUUUAAUGUUUUCCUAAUAAUGUACAUUAUUAUGAAUUUCACCUAUUAUAUUGGACCCAAAUAUAUUAACAUCUCUUGAAGCUAUUGAGGAGUUUCCCUUCUUACUGACCCUAGUUUGCUAUUUUUUCAAACCUUAUGUCUAUAUCUUAUACCUUUUCUGUCACCUAAAGAUGAGACCCAUUGGCCUGCUGUUACUGUCAGGUUGGUUGGUAGGUGAUGUGGCUGCCUAACCAGUUCUACAUUUCCUUUGUAAUUUACUGCAGACUAAGAUCCGGACCACCAAGUUCAUAGGAAUUUUGUCUAAAAAGAAAAAUAAAAUGCCCAAAGGAGAACUUGAGGUGCUUUGCUAUGAGUCAAUAUGUAUGUUUUGAAAACUAUGGAGCCUGGGGAACAUUUUUACUUUUCAUUAACGUUCUAAAAGCAUACUAUUAUAAAUACUUGUAAGAAUUUUUAAAUAAGAGUAAAUAUGGAUGCGUCUGACCCUUGAUCUCAAGGUGACAAUUUGAGCCCCAUGUCAACCAUAGAUAUUUUUUUAAUUAAAAAAAGUAAAUAUGUUCUUAUUGAAAGUUUUACCUAUGAAUUAAGUGUGUAUGCUUUGAAGUAUGGACUUUUGGGAUAUCUUUGUAUACCUGGGCUUUUUUUUUUUUUUUAAGGUUCUAACUGCGUUACAGACUCUUUAGUUAGCUAGAUACAUAAUCUCUAGAUAAAGUAUUCUACCUACAAUAAAAAAAAAUACCAAUACACCUGUGGCCCAUUUUAAAGAGAAAAAGAGGGACACCUGGGUGGCGCAGCCAUUGAGCGUCUGUCUUUGACUCAGGGUCUGAUCCUGGAUACCUGAGAUCGAGUCCCACGUCGGGCUCCCUGCAUGGAGCCUGCUUCUCCCUUGCCUGUGGCUCUGCUUCUCUCACUGUGUCUUUCAUAAAUAAAUAAAAUCUUUAAAAAAAUUUUAAAAAAAAGAUGAAAAAUUUGAAAAUGACUUUUCAGCAUGAUGAAAAAUUAUAACUAUGGUAAUUAAAUGUAUGUCAUUGUUUUUAAAGAGUUCCCAAACUAAUCACCCAACCAAAUUUGUGAUUUUAUUUUACUCUAAAUCAUAUAAUGCAGUCACAGGGAAUAAUAUGUGGACAUACUGAGAUGUGAUUAAAGGGAGAUCUAGUCAGAUUUUUCCAAUAAUGAUAAUCAGAAAUGUGCAGGGUUGGGGAAGCACAUAAAACUUUUAUUGGUUACUAAUGCAUCAAGAGUGUCCAAAUCUGGUGUUGAAAACUGAGUCGACUGCAUAUGGAAGUACUGUUCUUGUGUCUUCUUGCCAGUAACCAACUGUAGUCCCAGUUUUAUAACGCAGUAUCAGUGGAAUUAAACACAAAGAACUUGAAAGCAAUCAAUUGCAAAAAGUAGUUGCGGUCAGGUAGUUUUAUUAUGUAAAUUUGCACAUUUUUGGAAAAAUCCCAAACAAGUUCUACUCUGGGGUUAGGAGGGCCUCUGGUAGAUAACCAUAAAAAUGAGCCUGAAAGAAUGCUACUAUUAAAAGAGUAUAUCAUUAAUUUCUGGAAUCUUAACAUUAAGUUCCUUCACCUCUGAACAUCCAAGUUCUUGUCUGUGUGCACUGACAAAAUUGUAUUUGUUUGCCUUUAUUUUAAUGCUAAUAAAAUAGAUUCUAAAGUUCA